AUGAUAUACCAUUCCAUAAAGGAUCCCGUGUUUGCCUUGAUCCUCUGGAAAGAUCCGAACUUCUCUUCCGAGAGGCCGCCGGGGUUCUUCCGUGACUCAACUAACAGUUGGGAUCCCAUGGAAGAAGCCGCCGAUGGCUCGGCGGAAUCGUUGGAUUUGACUUCCAGCAUCGAGAGCCCCGAGGAUGGGCAGUGGGGGGCUUUGGUGGAUGGGCUUCGGACAGGCAUGGUGGGCAUGAUUCAUAGAAACGGAUCUGAUAGGGCCCCGGAGCCACUCGCGCCCAUAGAGAAACGAACAGUGGUCGAGGAUUUUUCAGCCCAAGUGAUCACCGAUCAUCUCACUCUCCUGUCCGGCUACGUCAGCCGGUCAGAGCAAAUCAAACGUUUUCGGAUCUCUGAUGACUUCGAUUGUACGGAUGAGAUCUUCAGAUACAAUACCGGAAUUCUAGGAACUACAUGUCUCAAGAUCCCCCGGAGGUUGGGGAUGAUCGAUGAUCUUGUGAGCGCUUCCACUGGACACAUGAUGAUGAUGAUGAUGGUCGAACCCGAACCCGAUAGGAUCAAUUCCAUGGCGGAUCCGGCCUAUCUGGAUAUUCCAGUCUACGUUGGGAGAGGACGCGCUUACGGGUCUCUGCUCAGAAUGGACUACUCAAUCAGCUCGAAUGAUGCCACGUAUAAUUCGCAAAUUCAAGUUUGA